CGAUACCCGGAAGUCCUGUUGCAGUGAUUGUAGCCUGAUGCUUCAUGCUAACAGGUGGGAAUAUGUCUGCUUCUCUCAGAGGGUUGAAACGCCGUUUUUCGGCUCUCUGCCCGGUGGGUUUUACUUCACAGCUUCGGAGGAAUCCGCCGGUGAGAUGUGCGGAGGGAGGUCGGCGGCUGUCACACACACAAACAGCAGGAGGAAACCUUCGACCACUGGAGGGUGUCACAGUGUUAGACCUGACAAGAGUUCUGGCUGGUCCCUUUGCCACCAUGAUCCUGGGAGAUCUGGGAGCUGAGGUGAUCAAAGUGGAGCGACCAGGUGCAGGUGAUGACACCAGAGCCUGGGGUCCUCCAUUUGUAGGAGCAGAGAGCACCUAUUUCCUAAGCGUCAACCGAAACAAAAAAAGUAUUUCUGUGGACCUGAAGCAUCCCAGAGGUGCGGCCGUCAUCCAGGAGCUUGCAGGAGUGUGUGAUGUGCUGGUAGAAAACUACCUACCAGGGAAACUACAUCAGAUGGGUUUAGGAUACGAGCAGCUGAGCAGAGUGAACCCACAACUCAUCUACUGCUCCAUAUCAGGUUAUGGACAGACUGGUCCUCGGUCUCAGAGUCCAGGCUACGACUCCAUUGCCUCUGCUGUGUCGGGGAUGAUGCACAUCACUGGGCCGGAGGAUGGUGAGCCAGUGCGUCCAGGUGUUGCCAUGACGGACCUGGCAACGGGACUGUAUGCACACGGAGCCAUCAUGGCCGCCCUGCUGCAACGACAGAAGACUGGGCGGGGAGUUCACAUCGACUGUAACCUGCUGUCUUCACAGGUUUCCUGUCUCAGCCAUAUUGCUGCUAACUAUCUGAACGCAGGGAAGGAGGCGAGGCGCUGGGGGACCGCCCAUGAGAGCAUCGUACCUUAUCAGGGCUUCAAAACCAAAGACGGACACAUUGUGAUGGCUGCAGGCAACAACAAACAGUUUGUCAAAGUCUGUCAGGUUCUGCAGCUGAUGGAGCUCACAGACGAACCAAAGUACAAAACCAACAAGCUGAGAGUCCAAAACCGCCAACAGUUGCUGCACACACUCUCACAGAGGUUUCUGCAGGAGAAGACAGCUGAUUGGCUGAAGAGGUUUGAGGGCUCAGGUGUUCCUGUUGGGCCAAUCAACAGCAUUCAGGACGUGUUUUCUGAUUCACAGCAGCACUGCACAGGGACCAGCUGGGCCUGGGGCAGGCACAGGAAGCCACCUGCAGUAUCUUCGUCAACAAAGCAGCCCACCUUAGCCCUACCAGAAGUACUCCAACAACAGAAGAAGUAUGACAAAAGUUCCAAGGAGGCCAAAAUGUUAAACAGGGCAGCGGCAGAGUUUAUCUGUUUGGAUGAAGUUCCCAUAUACACUGUUGAAAAGUCUGGAUUUAGAGAACUAGUGAGGAAGCUAAAUAACAGAUACCAACUGCCUGGCAGGAAUUUUUUUAUGUUUAAUGAAAUUCCCAAGCUCUACACAGAAACAAGAGAGGCAGUCAGGUCAGAACUUGAAGAGUCAAAGUACUUCUCCUGCACCACUGACCUCUGGACCAGCAGAGCCAUGGAAGCAUACAUGGCUGUUAUUUUAAGUCAAUCUCAGCAAACUGGGAAAUGCAAGCUUGGUGCUUAGGUUGUUCUGCAAUAAACAGUGACCACAUGACAGAAGGUGUGAGGGAAGCAUUUGAUGAGAUUAUUGAUGAGUGGAGCUUAGAAAUCUCAGAAAUGUCUGGACUCACAACAGACAACACAUCAAACAACAUCAAGACCUUCUCUGAUUAUCCCUGGAUUUCGUGUUUUGGGCACAGCUUGGAUUUGGCCGUUGACAAAGCACUUCGCAUUGAUUGGGUCUCUGCCACCCUGUCCAGGCUACGAAAGACCAUCUCUGCUUUUAGUAGAUCAUCCAAGAUGACCAGGCAGCUCUCAAAAAAGCAAACAGGCUUGAACUUGGCAAACCACAAACUCAUCCAGGAUGAAAAGACGCGCUGGGGUUCUGCUUAUGACAUAGUGGAGAGGUUUGUAGAACAACAACAAGCAGUGUGUGCUGUGCUGGCAGAAAACCUGAAAAAGUGGCCCAAGGAUACUGACAUCACCACUAUCGAAACCAUUAAAGAGGUCCUUGGCCCAUUGAGAAGAUUUACAGAUGCACUGAGCAGAGAGCAACACCCCACUGUCUCUGCAGUCCAGCCAUUUGUGUGGGAGAUACAGUCAUGUCUUACAGUCUCUGAAUCUGACAGCAACCUGGCACAUGACAUGAAAGAGAAAUUAAGUGUUGAUCUAUAAAACAGAUACCAAGACAGGGAACUACAAAAAGUAUUAAACUGUGCCACAUUUCUUGAUCCUCGAUUUAAAGAUUCAUUCGUUUCAAUGGAACAGGAAGUCAAAGAAAUGCUGCUGGAGCAAGCACGUACUCUCCAGGACUCCAGACAGACCACUCGACAACCUGAGGGAGAUACAGAGCCAGGGAGCAGCAAACAAGCCAGCAAACGGGCCAAGUCAGACAUGGGAGGGCUUCUUUCAAGCAUCAAGUCAAAGAAGUAAAGAAGCAAGCACUCGGAUGUCAGUCGGUAAGACCUCUACACUUGGACACAGGGAAAAACUUCAGAAUGAGAUCGAAUUCGAUUGCAAAAUGGAGGAGAUUGGUGCUGAGGAUAGCCCACUUAAUUGGUGGAAACAGAAUGCAGGAACUUUUCCUCUGCUCGCAUUGUGUGCAAGAAAAUACUUAUGCAUUUCUGCAUCGAGUUGCGCCUCAGAAUGGGUGUUUAGCAUCUCAGGGACAAUAUGCAACCCAAAACGAGUUAGGUUGACACAAGAAAACAUGAAUAUGCUUGUUUUCCUUGCAAAAAACUUGCCUGAAGUGAAGCGACGUAAACUGUAAAAGCACUGUUAAUGCUGCUGAGUGGUUAACCCAAAGUUUACAUACUGGUCUUGUGUGCCUUGUUUUCCUGUGGGAAAAAAAAGAAGAAAAAAAUGUAGCCUACCUGAAGUAUAAAGGAGUUGAAGGCUGUUAACGCUCUUGCAUCUGAGCUGCUGAGUAUAUCAGUAUAUACAUAUGUGUGCCUUGUUUUCCUGAAGUGAAAGCAAUUGAAUUAUAAAAACACUUGUAUUAGCUGAGCUGAUGAAUAUUAGCACUGAAAGUUUUAUUUUUUUUCAUAGCCUAAGCCUUCUAGGCUACAUUUGUUCAAUAUGCUGCUACAGUGCUUUGUGACCACUGUAUUUAAGUGCUACAUUUGUUCAAUAUGCUGCUACAGUGCUUUGUUUCCACUGUAUUUAAGUGCUACAUUUGUUCAA